CGAAAUCUUAAUUGAAAAGACCAAGAUGUCAAGUAAAAUGUUGGAAGAGUUGAAGAAUUGGUAUAAAGAGAGGGCUUUAAUCGAAGCAGAUUACGCGAAAAAACUCCAAAAGUUGUCCAGAUCGAAUCUAUUCCAGUUGAUCAGAUUCGAAAGUGAUGGGCUUCAACUCGGCUUGGAUCAUCUUCGUGAAGCUACUGCCAAAUCUGCUCAUUGUCAUGCCGAAUUAAGUGGGACUUUCAAGACCAGCUUGGAGGGUAAAACGGCGGAGUUCAUCAACAAACGUGAGGGUGCACGAAAAAACCCGCAAGCUUCUAUUGAAAAGCUCCACAAAAGGACAGUAGAGUUACGAUUAUUACAAGAAAAGGCACGCAAGAAAUUCGAAACAGAUGCGAUUGCUGUCAGUGGUUAUGCAGCCCAGAUGCAUCUUGUUCAAGGUAGAGAAAUGGAUAAAAUCUCGGCUAAACUUGACAAAGCUCAAGGAAGCAUUGGGAUUACUGAAAAGGAAUAUCGCAUGCUCACACAGAAUUUGGAAGACACUACUGAAACCUGGAACUUACAAUGGAAAUCAUUUUGUGAUUUGAUGCAAGAUUUAGAAGAAGAUCGAAUCGAUUUUGUUCGAAGUUCUCUAUGGGAUUUCGCCAACGCUCUUUCGACAAUCUGCAUGCUGGAAGACGAGCAUUCUGAGAACUUGCGUAAGGCUGUCGAGCGAUGCAACACAUCCCAGGAUGUCAUCAAGUUCAUCCAGCAGGCCGGUACAGGCCAGGAGCUCUACGCUGCACCAGGAUAUAUUGAUUACCCCAAAGGUAUACACGAUGAUCCAAAGCUCUUCGAACGGAAAUACCCCAGAUAUGAGCUGGCAAACUUUGCCAGAAACUCUUGUCGGGAUGGACAAACAGUCCAACUAGGAACACCAAGCAUCAUUUCCGAUUUAGCGAUUGCAAUCGAAGCCGGGCCAACAAGGACAUCCGCCAUGGAAAGCCAUCCCAAGCAAGCCCCAGACCAUCAUCCUGGUCCGACUGUUCAUCAAGCCAAACAACAUCUGAAACGAGGAGGCAACAUUGCCGAAGUCGUAGCCACCAAUGCCUUGUCGCUCUCCAAUCCUCACCCUCCCGUCGGUACCCCUCCGGUCCAGCGCGCCGUUCAUUUACAUCCCGAGCCCGAAGUCGUCGACGAACAUCGCCCUCCUAUCCUCUAUCAUCCUAAGCACCAUGAUUCUUUCCAUGGCGCCGGAAUCUUGCUCAACCAUCCUCAUCCUCAUCAAUCUCCUCAUCAUCCCAGUCAUCCUCAUCAUCAACCUUAUAACCAUCAACCGAAACUCUCGCAUCAGUUCCACCAUUUUCCUAGCUCUGCUUAUGAUCGGCCUCUUCCUCCACAGCCGAAAUCAUCGGAAGAACCGCCGACUUGAAAUCUGAAACCCAUCACUACACUUCAAAGCUUCAUCUUUCAUCUCAGUUUUCAGCAUCUACCACAAGAAUUGGGUAGAAAUUUUACACCCAACAAACUUAUCAACCUCUAAUAAUCUCCUCAAACGCAAAACACUUUCCCUUCUAUUCUUCGACAACCCUUUGUCCUCUGUGUCUUAUAUAUGCAUAUAUAUAUAUAUGUAGUUAAUCUGUACAUUAAAUGUGUAUCUCGCAUUUCCAAAGAUUAAAGAAAUUGUCCCUCAUUGUUUUUCAGUCCCAACCCCUGAUCUAUUUAUCAUCGUAUCUUAUCUCUGAUCUUUCGAAGCAUCUUGAUUUCCCUCUAAUAAUCUUGUUGUACACGCACUCUCUCUCUUCUCAUUUGUGAAUAUUUUUCUCUUUCUCUCUUUUUCUUCUUGUCACAAAGGUUGAUUGUAUGCAGUUUUUUUCGGAUGGGAAAUCUUCAUUACUAUUGGGAUCAAUUCCGAAGUUCGCGCUGAUACACAGAAAAAAAAAUUGUAUGCACACUCACAUUGUCUUUCUUGUUCUCAUUAGCAUUGUUUUUUCUUCACUUCAUCAUCAGUAGACAAUAUUAUUAUUAUUAUUAUCAUUCUUAUUAUUAUUAUUAUUAUUAUUACU